GUUUGGUGUCAUAGAUAUGUCUAUAGAACAAAUGGAAGUUUGUAAAACAGCUUAUAAACAGUGAAGCUGAGAAUGGGAACCAACAGAAGAAUGCUUUCUUUUAAGUCACAGAUUUAGAAGCCAGUCACGUACAUGUGUACAGUAAGGGUGAUCACACAACCAACAACAUUGGCGACAAGAUUUAGGAGAAAAGUUUGUAAGCCAUGGGCAGUGACGGUGCAGUUGGCUGGAAACAGAUCACUGUGGUGUUCUGUGUGCUGGUGGCUAUACUGUUUGUGGGAGCAGGCAUCUUCAAGGCGCUCGAGGAAACCUUCUACGAUCCGGCCGUGGAGAGAGUACAAGAUGUGGAGGAAACUCUGGCCGAGUUUGUGACAAAUCACAGUGAUGUGACACACGACCAAGUGGUGGAACUACUGAGGAAGAUUGACAUAGCGAGGCACGGAUACAGUGACAUUGAGGAUGUUUUACCCAAGAAUACAUCCAAGACCCACUCCCUGGACUACAUGGAGUCUUGGUACUUCUGCAUGACGAUCGUCACCACCAUCGGUUAUGGACAUAUGGGGCCUUUGACUGAUGCUGGCAAGGUUUUCUGCUGCAUCUAUGCCCUAGUAGGCAUUCCGGUGUGGAUCAUCCUUCUAACUCUUGUUGGGGCACAGUUGAGUGAUUCAACCAGAUGGAUGGAGAAACGUGUGAGUGAGCUCUUAGCCAGAGUAACGCGGAUUCCGAAGAAAUUUCGAGCGCCUGGACUCAUCACAGCCAUAGCCUUCAUGAUAACAGCAUUUUUCUUCAUUCCUGCACUCAUAUUCCAUAAAGUUGAGUCCUGGACCUACCUGGACGCCAUCUACUUCUGUGUUAUCACCCUGACCACAGUGGGGUUUGGGGACUUUGUUCCAGCACUACCAACAGAAAAGAUGAAUACAGCUUCUAAUGUUGCCUACAAGAUUUCAGUGUUCCUGUGGAUCACAGUGGGGCUGGCCUUCCUUGCCGGCUCCCUUGAGAGAAUCGGAACAGCUCUGAAGCUUCUGGGAGAGAAGAUGACAGACAUGGAUCUAGAUCCUCUCGAGAUCACCAACCGACCUACAGACAACGUUGACGGUCAAACCAACGAGGCACUCGACAUCCAAAGCAACCAUGACUUAAACGGGGCAGACCACAGAAAUGGCUCGAACAAUGUCGCAAAUGGCAGGACGCAGACGAGGAAAGAAAAAGAGAUCAAACCACAGGAACUGGCAGACUGGGGUAAAAAUGGACAUUACAGACAGGGAGACACUGCUCUGUGA